UUUUCAAAGCGUGGGUGGGAAGGCUGGAAAGGUUCAAAGUCAAGCAGCUGACAUGGUCGAAACCCAAUCGUUCUUGAUAAGCUUCUCAUUUUAUAUAUAUAUAUAUACACUUCUCCCGUCGUUUCUCAGCAACCAAUCACAGCUGCUCGUGCUAUCUUUUACUGGGACAUUAAGCUCAGAACGUUUCAGGGACAUAAAAAUGUGUUCAAAGUCGAAUUCUCAAGCAACGGGUAAAGAUAGGAUAAGUGAAUUGCCGGAUGCAGUUCUUUGUCACAUACUCUCCUUCGUUCCAACAAAAUAUUCCGUGAGGACCAGCAUUCUGUCCACAAGAUGGAAGAGUAUAUGUGGUUCUGUCCCCAAUCUUGACUUCGAAUUUGAACAAAUGUCUACGACGUGGAAGGAAGAAUAUAUGUCGAACUAUGUUGGUUUUUUGAUGUUUGUCGAUUGGAUACUUUCACUUCGUGACUCGUUGGAUAUUCAAAAGUUUCGACUUCAUUGUUACUGUCGUGUUGAAGAUUUCUCUCGUAUUGUAGGUUGGAUUUGCACUGCCAUCAGGCAUAAUGUAGUUGAACUUGAUCUUUGUGUUUAUAGUGAUAAUGUAGUUUGUCCGACUUUCGAGUUGCCUCAAUGCGUUUUCAUGUCCAAAACACUGGUGGUUCUCAAGGUGAAGUCAAAUUGUAUUACCUAUGCUCCUCCUACGUCAGGCUGUUUCCCAAGCCUCAAGUUCCUUGAUGUCAAAGUUGACUAUCCUGAAGACGACUCAGUGGGGGAGCUUUUCGCAUGCUGCCCUGUACUUGAAGAUUUGUCCAUAGAUGCAACUAUUAGAGAUGCAUUAAUUUUGAGUUUCAAGGUCUCUGUGCCUGAACUGAAGAGAUUAAGAAUGACCUUCUUCAGUGAUAUGAUUGUUGGUAAAGAUUUUAUGUACGAUAUUUCUAUUAACGCCCCGAAGCUUGAAAACCUUGACAUCAAGCAGGAUAGUUUGUCUGUUUAUUUGUUUGAGAAUUUAAACUCCCUCGUCAAAGGCAGCGUUGAUCUCUAUUACCAUCAUGGGCAAUUCUGGGAUGAUGAGGUUUCGGAAAGAGCAACUGUGCUUCUGGAGGCAUUUUCCAAUGUUAAAUGUCUGUCUAUUUCAGCUCAUUUUGUGGAGGAGCGUUGUCUGCCUGCUUUCGAUCAUUUGACCGAAUUGAAGUUGGUUCUUUAUGAUUGCUAUCGCUGGGAUCUGCUGACAGAGUUGCUCAAGAAAUCACCUAAUUUGGAAUCUCUUGUCAUCGAACAUAAAAAAGACGAGGAAUGUGUUAAGAAUUAUGACGAGACUGAAAGUUAUUCGAAAGAUGUCUUAUACUCGGAGCAUCGAUGGAGUACACCGGAGUCUGUACCUAUUUGUCUGAUAUCACACCUCAAAACUAUCACUGUAAGGGGAUUCGAGGGAUACCCGCAUGUGAAGAAAGUGGCCAAGUAUUUGUUAAACAACGGUGGAGUUUUGACUAAGAUGACUGUCUAUAACGAUGAGUUAUACAAAGAACUAAUGCUUGAGAGGGGUUCUAGGACUUGUUGGGUUGAACUUGUGUAAAAUGCAAUUUUAAGCUCUUACGGCCGAUUCUGUCAUCAAAGUUGUAAAUCACACAAGCACCUUUGUCAAUCUUAAGAUGGAUUGAUCUGUAGAUGUUUGUUUUGGAAUGUAUACAUUUCUUGUCCACUUUGUUUAGCUUCUUUUAUCCACUUUGUAAAGAGCAACUUUGGUAUAGUAAUAUCGAUGUCAUUUGGUAUAACUAA